CCUAGAAUUUGAAUGAGUUCAUGAAUUCUAUCACAAUGAAUACUAUAUAUAUGUUAGUCUCUCCUUUCUAUCCAUCAUCUUCUUCCUCAAUUAUUUAGCAAAAAAAACAAGAAGAAAAAGUCAACAUGUAUGUAACAAGGCCUCUGUCUAUGUAUAGAAGGUCACCUGAAUCACUAUCUGUACCAACGCCGGAAGGGCCAAAUUCCGGUUAUCUUGUACUCCAUGAUGAAGAAUCGGUUGAGAUUACAUGUUGCGGUUGCGAAGAUACUGAGGUGAAAGACUUGCCUUUCCCUCAGAACAAGGAUCUCACAGUUCAUUAUUCCUCAGAUACUGAUGAUGUUGCCUUCAUUCCAGUUCUUGAUAAGCCUUUAUCUGCCAAUACAUACCAUGUGAUAAAUCGCCGGCAUGGGAAACGCAGAGGGGAAGUGUACACAAAUUCAAAGGAAGAAGAAAUGGUGGAUUGCUGUUUUGGUAAAUCUCCUCAAGAUGCAAAACCAAAACCACUGGAUCCAUCAGACAUUUACCAACAAAUUGAGAUAAUUCCAAGGAGACACCGCGGUUACUACACUGCCAAGGCUGUUGUUUCAGAUGGCUUUCCUCCUUCUUUUUUGAGGAGAAAGGAUUGGAGAGUGACUAUGGACACACCCCGUCAUUACCAACUAGGUGAAGCUCCCGGACUCGACUCUUCCAAGCGAUCAGGCUUUCCGAGCUUCGACUUUCCAUUGUCCAAAGAUUGUUCUGAUGCUAUGUUAGUUGGGAAGUGGCACUGUCCUUUCUUGUUCAUCAAGGAAGGGGGACUGAAGUUGAAGCACCAAAUGAAGCAAUGCAUGUUCUAUGAAAUGAGACUGGAGCAAAGAUGGGAGAGAAUUUUCGACAAGUACAAUGAGGGAACAAGCAGCAAUGCUAAUGCUGUGUUUGUGGAUACAUUUGUUCAAAGAGAGGCGGUUUUUAUUGCUGGAAAUGAAGCGUUUUCGGAUAAUCUUGACAGAUUUAAUGUUGCCGAUGAUGGUUUCAUGUGGUUUAAGAGCUCUGAUGGGGCGGGAGGAGAAAGGAGCGUAGGGUUGAGCAUGAAAAUUGUGGAGAGAAUGAAAUGGGAGCAGGAAAGAGUUGGAUGGGUUGGUGCGGAGAAGAGGAAAGUGCGAGUGGAGAGAAGUGAGACGUAUGGAGGAAUUGGUAGUUGGAACAGAUUUGCUUGUUAUGUGUUGGUGGAGAGGUUUGUGUUGAAGAGAAAUGAUGGAAGCUUAGCACUACUGACAUAUGAUUUCAAGCACACUCACCAGAUUAGGUGCAAAUGGGAAUGA